AGUCGCGCGAGGCGAUUCUGUCGUCGGAAGUAAUCGAACCGAUCCGCGAUGACGUCAGCGAUUGCAAUGGCGACCUUGAGGACGCAGCUGCUGAGGCUGCGGCUGCCGACGGCGGCUCUCGGGGUCCCGAGGCGCUCCGCGGCCUGCCGCCUCGGCCCCCUCGCAGCAGGCGGCACGGCCGCACGGCGGGGCCUCGCUCAACACACCGGGCUCCCGGGAGCCGUCGGGGAGCGGCUGUGGGGCCUGGGACGCCUCAACCACGUGGCGGUGGCCGUGCCCAACCUGGAGGCGGCUACGCGGCUCUACAGAGACGUGCUGGGCGCACAGGUGAGUGGCGUCGUGCCGCUGCCGGAGCACGGCGUCUCCACGGUGUUCGUGGACCUGGGCAACACCAAGAUUGAACUCCUGGAGCCGCUGGGAGAUAAAAGUCCCAUCGCAGGCUUCCUGGCGAAAAACUCCAGCGGGGGUCUGCACCACGUGUGCCUGGAGGUGGACGACCUGACGGCGGCGCUGGGCGCGGUGCGUGCCAUGGGGGUUCGCCCCCUGGGCUCGGAGCCCCGCGUGGGCGCGCACGGCAAGCCCGUUAUCUUCCUGCACCCCAAGGACUGCAGCGGCGUGCUCGUGGAGCUUGAGCAAGCGUAGCCGGGGACACGGCGGGGGUCCCCCGGGAGAGGGCGGGGACACGGAGGGGCGGUCUCACGAGAUCGGGCGGGCGCGUUCUGGGCCACCUGGAAUGAAGCGGAGGCCGUCAUUCGGCGAAUGGAUUGACAAGAGGGCCACGUGCACACGCGCUCGCACGCACGCACGCACACACACGCGUGUAACUUGUACCACCAGUUCAGGGCCUCCCGACAGAGAUGACCUUUGCCCCCGACUGCUUUUUUUGAGCAGGAGACCGAGUAAGAGGAACAAAUAAUCCGAUAAAAAAAACACCGAUACAGCAGAACAUCGAUAAUUAUACGGCGGCUUCGGAGGGGGCGCCGGAUUUUCAAAAACGCCGGAUAAUCACUAAUCAUCACGAUUUCAAAUAAAUUUGUUUACGAUGUUAAAUUUGCACAAAUAAACAUACAAACGGACAAAAAUAAAUAUCCUACGUUAAAAAUUUACCGUAUUUAUGGUUCCGUACUGAACACUCAAACCUCGAAGACUCUGCAUCAUGGGGUGAUCUAUAUAUACACGUGCGUUAUUUUCAUUGUUUAAGUUGUAUGUAGUGUAUAAUGUAGCGCAUAUAAUAUUUGACACUGAAAUCAAGUGUAGCUAAAAAAAAUUGUUGUCACGUGCUACACCGUGCCAAUCGCCAGACUGGUUACAGCCUUUGGAGCGAUUUUGCCGCUUUCUCCGAAUCGGCCCAGGACCGCCGGAUAACGUUGGAAUUAGCCCGGAUAAUCGCGUAGUGCCGGAUAAUCGAUGAUCUGUACGUUCGUAUAAACUGUUGCAGGUGACAACUCGCGAUUUGACGGAACCGUUGCGAUUCAGGGUCGCCAUUCGGCCCGAGGAGUCACUUUUCUUCCACGCUUCCCAACUAAGUCUGAGAGCGUGAACGCACGAACCCCGCCUGUGGCGGCGAGGGUCACAGUGAAUGCUCGCGCGGACGAUCCUAUGCGAAUGAAACCUCAGUGCGAAGUUGUGUCGCCGUCAGGGACUCGCAAUAGCGCAAUUGGACGAUUGCGCUAUUGGACAAUUGCCCUAAAACUGGGUGACGGAAAGCGUGCACUAAGGACUUACUUGCAAACAUGCAAUCGCAUUUUGUCCUGACCGCUAACCUGUUAGGCUGCCGUAGCACUAAUGAAAUACUUCUGAAGACAAAGGAAUGUCGUUUCGGAUGACCUUUCUCUUCCUCGUUUGCUUUAACGGACCCAGUACUGUCUCGUCUGCAGAUCCGUGCCCCAUUGGUACCGCCUGCGACACUUGCACCGGCACCGUCUAAUUCUGUCGACUUUUUGUGCCCGUCCUGUUUUGCACGCACUCAACUCCCGUCUCGUCGACGCCGGCGAUCCCGUUUGUCCUCAGUUUAACACGAAGGCUUUCGAGACCAAUAUCCAUAAAUGUUUUUGUCUGUCGCCUGAUGAAGCUGGUCGUAAUUACUGGCGAAACGUCGUACCCACAUUGUAAAUGUUGUGGCUUGGCUGUCCGACACACCGGUGUGCUGUACUAGUGAAGAAUAGGCCACGUUCUGUACACGUAACAACCCUUACAAGUUGGCUGCGUCGGGUGGUGGCGGGUUUUAGCGACACAUUUACGCGAUCUAACCCAAAAAAAAAAAUCUAUUAUGGAUAAUUUG